AUGCGCGAAAAAAUCAAAGCUGAGCUUGACAAGAUGGAAUCACAAGGAGUCAUUCGCCGUAUUGAAGAACCUACAAACUGGGUAAGCUCUCUUACAUAUGUCACCAAACGUGACAAUACAAUAAGAGUUUGCCUAGACCCACGAGCACUAAACAAAGCUCUCAUACGGCCAUACCACCAAAUUCCGUCUGUCGAAGAGCUCAACCAUCGAUUUGCAGGAGCAAAAUUCUUCUCAAAAUUGGAUGCUAAGUCUGGAUACUGGUCCAUAAAGCUCGAUCGUGAAAGCCAGCCACUAACAACUUUCCAAACGCCAUUUGGGAGGUACUGUUUUGAACGACUUCCGUUUGGUCUGAGUGUCAGUCAGGAUAUUUACCAACUUGAGAUGGACAGGAUACUCGAGAAGUGCACUGGAGCCUGUGGUAUAGCUGACGAUAUCACCAUAUAUGGGUCAACAGAACAUGAACACGACAAAAACUUAAAGCGCUUUAUGGAGGUCGCUACUCAAGAGGGCCUUACUCUCAACUCAGAGAAAUGCAAGAUUAAACGCCGAGAAAUCUCCUUCUUUGGAAACCUUGAUCGUAUUGAACAACUGAGAAACUGCACAACAGCAGAUCCUUUGCUCAACCAGCUGAGAGAGACCAUCAUCACUGGAUGGCCAGAGACAAUCAAGCAGCUGCCCACUGACAUCAGAGUGUUCUGGGGUCUAAGAGACCAGCUCUCAAUCGAUGAUGGCCUUAUCCUCAAAGGACAACAAAUCGUCAUUCCCCAGACACUUCAAGAAGACAUCCUAAAGCAGCUUCAUACAGCUCACUUAGGACAGGAGAAAACAAAACUCCUCGCCAAGGACACUGUCUACUGGGUAAACAUAAACAGAGACAUCGAGCAGUUCACAAAGUCAUGCAGCAUCUGCCAACAGCAUCAGCCACCCCAAAUGCAAGAGCCCCUUAUGCAACAUGACAUCCCAACAAAGCCAUGGGACAUAGUUGGCACAGACCUGUUUGAUCUCUAUGGAAGUCAAUGGCUGAUCAUAGCCGACUAUUACUCCAAGUACCCUGUAGUCAAACACCUACCUGCUCACUCACCAAGCAGUGUUAUAGUAAACACCACACGCCAAGUCUUUGCAGAGUUUGGCAUACCAUCAAAGGUAGUCAGUGACAAUGGGCCACACUUCUCAAGUCACCUCUACCGUGAAUUCGCCAAAGAAUGGGGUUUCCACCAUGAGACCACUUCACCUCGGAGACCACAGGGAAAUGGUUUCAUAGAACGGCAGAUAAGAACUGUCAAGAACAUCCUCAAAAAAGCCAAGCAGUCGGGAACAACGCCUGAAAUUGUGCUGCUGCACUGGCGCUGUACUCCAAUUUCAAGCGUCAUGCCAAGUCCUGCACAACUACUCAUGGGUAGACGAAUCCAAUCUCCACUGAUUACCAAAAUCAGAAACGAUCACCAAGAUCAGGAUCAAAUAUAUAGUGCCAUUCAACAACGUCAAGAAAACCAAAAGAGGUACUUCGACCGACAUGCACUCAAGGAGGAACUACCACCCCUGUACCGUGGCCAAAGGGUAAGGGUACAAAACCCUAUGUCUGGAAGCUGGGACCCAGCGACUGUAGUAUCCCAGGCAGACGGUCACCGCUCCUAUCUCCUGGAGAAUGUCAAUGGGUAUGUGCUGCGAAGAAACCGGCAACACAUAAGAAGCAUCCCAGUGGCGCCUGACUCACAACUGUCGCAAGACGUCUCGAAAACAGCCUCACAGAAAUGUGUGACUUUUGUGGAUCCACCCAUGUGUGCGAUCCCAACCAUGCCAAAUAACCCUCAAAAGCGUACCCGUAGUGGUAGGAUGGUGCGACCACCAUCAAAGAUGAACUUAUGA